AUGCAGCCGAUCGGAGGCAAUUUGCCGAAGGAUUUCAACUCAUUAUCUGCGAAUGCUAACCUCGCACAACCCACAUCGAACACUAGUCGGCAGAGUAUCGAAAGUCUGUGCGCAUGUAUUGAUGCACUGAACAAUCCCGAAACUAGGGAGAAAGCGCUUCUGGAAUUAUGGUAUUAUGCGUCUUCAUUUACGGCAUAUACGUCUUGCAUUCAGUAAACAGAGAGAAAAUUUUCAAGAUUUCGCUCCGAUUCUAUGGCAUUCCUAUGGAGCUAUUGCAUCUUUGCUUCAGGAGAUAUGUGCCGUUUACCCAUACAUUAAUCCACCGAAUUUAAGCGUAAGUCUUAUAUCAUGACUGGAGUUGGUUAGUUGACACGACCCAAAAUUGGCAAAUCGCUUUGUAGUGUUUCAGAUAGACAGAGCUGUUAGCUCAGUUUAGGGGAAACGUUCUUCGAACCGUUUCAGAAUGUCACUGGAAAUGUUACGCAUUUGAGGGAAAAACAGCGACAGGCUUUGACAAAGUAAUAAUUUCACAUUUUGUUGUAAGGAGCCGUUUUGACGCCUUAUAAAACCGAGUAUGUACUCUGUGAUUGCUAAGUUGUUAACGAACAGACGCCAGCCCGGUGAAAGGUACAUGGCCUAUGCUUUUAUAAAAAUAUUUGACCGACGGAUACGCGACAUAAGUAUGCAUGAUUAUCCGGCUUCUCUCUUGCUAGCGCUAUGCUGGUGCCUCCCUUAGCACAGUUUCGUACGACCGAUCCCAACUCGAAUUUCCCGAGACUCGUAUACUCGUCGCAAUUGCCAAACCCUCUGCAGCCGUGCUGAGUUUGUUUUAAAAUGGAGACUGUUUUCACUGACGUCCGUGUACGUUAGUAGUCCGCAGUGAACUUCGCCCACUCGCCCAGUGAUGUUGAACCGAGAAAUCACGUGCACGCGUAAGGGUAAACUGAAUAUCUAGGCGAAUUCCGGUGAAUUAUGGUCUACGAGUACUCAAGUACCACAUAUAACUGGAACUGCUCUCAGGAUCAGCACUCAUCUCGUCAAAGCACGUCUUUAUUUGCUCAAUCCGAAGUCGCCGCCAGCAAGGACCGGGCCGGAUCGAGACGCCCCGAAUGGUUUCGCCAUCAGGUCAGUGCAGCAAAUGACUCAGCUAUCCCUCUCGGCCAGUAAAGAGGGUGCAUUUGACGGUUUGAGUCCCUGACCACCAUCGGAGAGAUGAAUUCUGGAAAUAAAACGCAAGAGUCAUAAAUCGAAUACUUUCAGGCCGUGUAAGUCUCACAAGCGUACAGACCAUGUGUUGCACCCUCGUGGAGGGCUGGUCUUGACACAAGCCUCAGACUAGUCGAAUGCGGACUCCAGAUGAUUUAGCGAAGUCGAAAUAAGGCUGCACGUCCUUCUUUCUUGAUCUGAUUGUCAACUUCAUCCCCAUACUGCCCCUGCUGUCAGAAAGUUGAACCCAAGGUAGCAUAAUCAGCCCAUUAGCCCAACUGGUUUCGUCGUAUAUUGUGGCAGGGCAGUGAGUUCCGGCCUCAGAACCCAAGGUGGCUAGUCGUCAUUAAGAAGUCAUCCUCCUGCUUCGGCUAUCUUUGCUCUUACCUACUGUGGUGUCACUCCAAAUUCUGCAUCAGUGGUGCGGCCGGAUAAGGCCUCAGAUGGAAUACUGAAUCGGAACGUACGGAUGCUCAACAAGUCUGGUACCCCAGCCUUGACAAUCUGCAAUCAAUAGAAUAGUUCAGUCGUCGCGAACGGUGACGACCGCGUGCUUCACGGUGUGGACGCAGCGCCGGUAACUUGUGCAUGAAUGAGUUUACAGUGAGGCGUACUUGUAGAGCACAGCUCCCCACCCACGCACACCUUGCUCUGAUGACAAUGCAACGUCAAGAUGUCCGGAGGUAGGCCCGGGCGCAAUGUCUGACAAAGGUAGACAGCCCGUAUACGCGUGCCACACACAAUCUGGUUUACACUACAUACACCAGGCUCGUGUAAGCGCGGAUCAAGCCUGAAGCGUGUGCAGGAAAGGCCUCAUUGAGAAGGGAACAUUGCAAUCUAACCGUCAUCCCCGAGAAGGAUCGGUCUAUUCUGCCAGUUGGCAGCUUUCCAAACGACUACUCUUGGCUCGUGAUAGGUCCGACCGCGUUAGAUUUCUUAUGGUUCGGAAUGCGCUGAUUUGCCGUGAAAAUAGAUUCGCUGGUGUUGACCACGCUCUUCGCUCUCCCACUGGCUAGUCGCCUGUCCGAGGCUGUCGACAAACUGAUGAUGGGAUAGGAUGCAGCGUAUGGCGCGACAUGAAGACCUACAUCUGAAGCGGGCCACGCGCGUGUGUGCUACUAGUUACGGGCUCGCGCGAGCAGUGCACAGCCGGCUGGGCGCGCUCCGUGACCGAACUUUGGCCCGGCCCAUCUGUAGUGCAAUCUUUUGUGGGGCCGUGCAGUCGAUGCAGUCGGCACGACAUAAUGUGAAUGCCCACCGCUCGUCUGAAGUCAUUAUUGCAGACUAGUUCCUGGGAACGCGAGUUUCUUACGACCAACAUUUGUUUCCAUAGCUUUAUGGUCACAAAUCUUCAGGACGAUCAAAAAUCGCCAUCACGAGUGUUAAGUAAGUAGCCUAUUGCCGUACACGCAACCUUAGUUUCAGUCUUCGUUCCCACUCAAUGGCCAGUUCUAUAAAAAUGCCUCCUGGUCGCAUUUGCGCUUACUUGCUGCCAGCCGUCUUCAUAAUCUCGUUAUCUUUGUUGGUGCCUUCCGUUGUCAUGCUGCAGCAGGUGAUCCUUCAGACCAAAGUACCUGAUUGUUUUAAGGGUGCUAGAUGCGAUGGCAGUAUGAGUCCUUUGGGUUUCGCCCUCAACAAGCACCAGAUACUUCCAGUCCUCUGUACGGAUGUUAGGCCUUGACUUAACGCUCUAGAUUUAUAUAUCGCCUGCAAUUCUUCGUUCGACUGUGCUUGCACUCCAUUCUCCAAAUCCAUCUAUCGGAUCGCAUCUCCAAAGAACGGCUGCACAGUUGGCCAGAAAGAAUCCCUCAACUGCGUCCUUAAUACUUAACGACUGUGGUAACUCGACCUUGCGCCAUACCUCCACCAGGGCGAAAUCACUUGAGAGGUCGUGUUUCCGCUUCUCUGCCCUAACUUUUGACGGCGUCAAAGUGACCAACUGAAGACUCGGGAAGGCUGACCCAGCGUAUCGCUAGCCGGAAGGGGGAUUAUUUUGUCAAUUUGCUAAACUUAGCAUUAUAGUCCACCUCAGCCCGAUGACAAUUGGGAGGGGAGGGGGUGAUCCAUCGGGAUGCGGUGCACUUGCAACAUGUGGCAGGCGGUUUAAUGAUGUUCCAGACCUACCAUGCCAAAGUGUCGUCACCGGGCUGUGUGGCGUUUUAUAUGGUGCUCCGUAUUUCCUAAGGGUGACUGCCCGUCCUUAUGGGAAGCCGGGUUCUCAGGACAACCGGCAUUCCCCGGUAAACAUCGGGAGUCCCUGCGUAUGCAUUAUUUACAUAAAUUUUUACAUGACUUGCGUGAAUUAGUUUACAGUGGUAUUGGACUUGCACUCCUCCGCCGGAGCCCCGUGUCAAGACGAAGUCAAGAAGACCGAAGACGGGAGAGGGUGCAGGUGACUGGCACGACCGGAACCACUCCUGGGCGUACCACCACCCCCUGGUCCACAACAGAAUUUUAACCAACAAACAAAAACGAGUCAGAAAGAGGAGGAUGACACAAGUUACCGGACAAACAUGCACACGGCCUGUAUGCCCGGCGGAACGUAAGCACAUCUACCGGCAGGAAACCAGGUGUCAGGGAACUGCCAGCAUACACCAGACUGCGGGGCCAUCGUUUGCUAAAUCGUGGCAUAGCAGACGUACACAAUUCUUAAAGCCCAGAGCUCAAGAGUUCGGUACCCACUGAAAGGGUUGACCUUUUGAGCUACCUGAAGGUUCAUAAUUUCAACAGUAGUGCUUGUGAUUCUAGUCGGCAAAGUCUUCUAUCCCAAACAAGAAGUCAAUCAUCGAAACUGUCGUUACAUUUGUCUGAGAUCUUAAACCUGCUCAGGAGUGCAGCCUCAUAGACAAGACAGUUGCGAAACUGCAGUCCUUCUCGCUUCCGACCUCUUGCCUGAACAUGUUCUUCUGGCCGAUAGCGGGAUCGCUCCGUCGAGCAUGCAGUACCCUUGGGACGGAUCGAAAUGCCGCCUAAUGGAGUUACUUUCAGCGGCCUGACCUCGACCUGCCCUUCACCUGUUUUGAUUCUGACUGGAGUCGUUUUCUGUGUUUCUGCUGUCUUAACUUCGUGGUCUUCCCUAAAUAUGGGGAGCGGCGACUUAGGGCAGCGGAUCACCCCUGCGCUUCGUCAUUUUGUGCUUACACUCAUUAAGUGGGUCUUGUCUGACCUUUAUACUUGUGGAGGCAGUCACAGCAAGUAAUUAUGGUCUAAAUCGUUAGAAAAUGGGAAAAGUAUGUAAGCAGCCUUAGGGCCUUUUGCUGUAUCGUUUGUUUUUAUUCAAAAUGUUGAGCAGGAAAGUUAAUUUGAUUGUGAAUUACUAACACUGUUAAGUCGAGGUUCCUCUAUCGGUGGAUUUAUUUGCGAUAAACUCAAGUACCGAACACGUUGACACAACUAAAAACUACUGUGUUGCCCAUCUUAGGAGGGGGCAACUUCCAUCACGCAAUAUAUUACGUCGGUCUUUUCUGUAAGACGUUUUUAGCCCGCGCAAGCCACCGUUUGUGCCUUGAUCUGUCCUUUAGAUCUACUUUUAAACCUCCCUUCUGCAAUUUCAGGCCCAUCAAUCCAACCGAGUUUGCAAUGCUCUUGCCCUCCUCCAGUGCCUUGCAUCGCAUCGCGACACUCGAAGCGAAUUCCUGAAGGCCAACAUACCGUUCUAUCUGUACAAUUUUCUUAAUACCAACAAUCGCACGCGACCUUUUGAGUAUCUUCGUCUUACUAGUUUGGGCGUCAUCGGAGCCCUUGCUAAGGUAAGCUAACUUGGUGUUGACUGUCUCAACUGUUUGACUUUUUUAAACGAUGAUAGGCAAGAAGGGGAUGUAAGUGCUGGGUGAUACGACAGUUUUGAGAAUAAAAAUGUUCUCAACGUUGAGGAGUGUCUGGUCAGAAGUCUUGCAAGUCGUCCCCUAAUUCCGUAGUGAGGUUGCCCGGGAUGAUUUAGGGAUCUUUCCGUCUUUCACCUUAUCUUUUCAUUGUAGACCGACGAGCCGGAGGCCAUUAACUUCCUGCUGAGUUCGGAAAUUAUUCCGCUGUGUUUACUCAUCAUGGAGUCUGGUAGUGAGUUGAGCAAGACUGUGAGUUCCCUGUUCGCGAUUUCAGCGUCUGGAAAUCCUUUUGCCCGUUCAUUUAUCAACUAACACCCUGCAUUGACUGUCGUAAAAUAGGUAAUUAGGUUGGUGUUUUGUGCACGCGCCUGUCAACCCCUAGCGAGCACGUAAACACCGGCUAGUGCGAUAAUCUACUGCAAACACUAAGGUCUCUGUCAAUCAAAUUACCAGCGUAUUCCUGUUUUGUCUGGUUAACUCCACCAUCAAUAAGACGGACUAUUUCCCUUCAUCUACUUAUCCAGUCAUCAGCGUGGUCACAUGACUGGGUUACUCUGUCUGUGCCCCUACCUACUGAUUACGCUGGGAGUCUAGUAACUGCUUCGGCUGACCGCCACCGACCAACAGCAGCCUUACUCAUUGUCUGUGGUCGUACGUACUUGUACCUAAUAUUUGGGGCAGCUGUGGCCAUGCCUGAUCUAACUGGCCUCGAUAGUCUCGUGAAAUGUACCCAUCCACGCAUGACGAUCUGCGGCAGCAGACGUGGAGAGCUUGACCCAUCCUCGCCUCCAAUGACGGGGAUCGAAUAGAACACAUCCAAUAACAACUCGCACGCCUUGGCGAACUGUUUCGAACUGGUUUUUUUUGUGUUGUCCUUGUCUUCAACACCACCAGGUGGGCAACGGCGCCUAAUGGAGGGCGGAAGACGUGGAACGCGCCUAAACAACUUCAGUCGUCUUUCUUAGAUGACCUAAAGUAUCUCCGCGAUGUUGUCACAACGAAUGCGGACCGUAGCAUCGGAAACCAAAUCAGUGUACUUCACUCCAAGCAUGAUUCUCGGGCAGCAGUGGUCAAACACCUCCAGUUCUCGUUUAUCUUCCACGCGCACAGCGCAGCCUUCACAGCCGUAUAUAACUGACAAGACGAAUGCCCGGCACACGCAAAUGUUUGUGGCGAUGGACGUACCACGCCGGACUUAUGGACACCUAGAAAUUGUGGAAACCCGUGCGAGAAGCAUCGAUUCUGAUGGACGAUGUCGUCCUCCUGUCCAUUCGGCAAAAGCCUCACCCCGGGGCAUUUGAAACUCUACUUUAGGUUGACAGCUGUUAUUUCAUAGAGGUUGUCAUCUGGUCAGGAGUGCAGUUCGAAAGGACUGGACCUUCCAGCGUUUACGGACAAACUGAUUGAUUUAAUGACUUCAUUCACCCGCGAAACCACAGCCUGGAGGGCGCCAAAGCUGGGAGCCAGCAGGGCGAUAUCGUCAGCAUAUUAGGUUGAAAGAUACCAUACAAACAGCACAGGUACCAGAUUUGCAGAGUGUGUCAGUUCCCGCGGACGGCGUAGCGUAGACAUUGUUCACCAGGUAUUGAAGAGCGGGCCCCCAACAGCUGCUCGGAUUGCUCAAAGUUGUCACCCUUAUCGCUUCGGCUCAAGAACCUACACAGGGCAGUGGUGGCCAGCAAACAAGUUUACUGGCUCUUUCGGGUUGUCACACCACAGUGUCGUCAUCGAUCUUUGCGACAUUUCAUGGGGCAGUCGAUGCCACAGACUCCAGCCCUCUGCGCCCUGGCAGCUCUAUCCCCACUGGUCCGCAACUGCUUUUGCGUCAGACCCCGAGAGCUUGCGUAUUUCUCUUCGCUGAAGGCCAUCCCUGUGGACGUGCCGCAUGACCAGCAACUAACGAGGAGCCCGCCCUCCUGGUGGUGGUUCCAUGCAGUGCAGUGAAAAUGCACAUUACCGGACGGCACGUUUAUGCCAUUUCUUUAUUAGUUUAAGAUCAUCCUCGAUGUUCAUAGAAAUCAGGAUAGCUUGACCUAAUGACGUCCACAUAUCUAUGCGAAUUUUCAUGGAGGGGUGGAGAGUGCGGGCGACUCGACUUUGUCUUAGAGCUCUUGUCCAAAGCCGCCAUGUAGUUUCACAGCGACAGGCGAUAGGUAGUCCAAUAAAAGGAGAUUAAGAUAACUGUUUGUAGUUUGCUUCUCGCCGUCUAACAGAAAUGUUGCAUCCCACGUCACCUACAAGGGCUGUUAACCGGCCCACCAGGGCCAGACGGAUCCGCCCAUAUUUCGUUUUGCAAUGAUGGAGCCAGACGCCAUAUGGUUGUGGUCGUGAACUUACGCUUAAUCGACUGCUAUUGUAAAUAUUCAAACACGCAUUUAUCUGGCGUCCACAGCUCUAUCCUGAUUUAUGAUCACUGCCCUCAGGAUAUCAAUCCGUAGCUGAAUGACCAACGGCACCAAGGCUCGACUUCCCGGCCGAGGGUUGGGUUCAUUGUGGCUGGCGCAGUAAGUGAGAAAUAACCCUUCCAUUCCUCCGCCCUGUCUUCGGUAUCACUACCAACAGUAUGGGCAACAGUCUUGACUUCGAUCGCGCUCGCUGUUCAGUGUUUUUAAUGCCAGAUGUCACUUCUCGAUAAGGUGACGGACUGGACUUCAAAAUUGGAAUCUUUUCAUCGAGGGCUGGAAACUUAACUAACUGAUAACGGCAAAUAAGCGAAAAACUACCUCCUGGAUUGCUUGCUGUUACGAUACUCCGCAGGAGUUCUGAUUUUGGUUUCGACACAGUAACGAGGCGUAUCGUCUUCUCUGCAGGCAAGUCGAGUGGAUGGGUGCCGCCACCUGUAUUGUCUCACUUCAUCUCGCCUACUACCCCAGAUCUGUUAUCUUCAAAUAAUUAUUUCCUAACUCCCUCAGGUAGCAACCUUCAUCAUGCAGAAGCUUCUACAGGACGACGUGGGAUUGGCCUAUAUAUGCCAGACUUACGAACGUUUUGCUCAUGUGGCGGCGGUCCUGAACAAGAUGGUGUCUCAGCUUGCCAAAGAACAAUCUCUUCGUCUCCUAAAGCAUGUCAUCCGUUGUUAUCAGCGUCUCUCUGAUGAUAUCAGGUAGACAACCCCAUUUUUGGCGAGUUCCUGAUAAUCCUCACUGUGAGCACCACCGACACGGUGACGACAGUUCGACCAGCGCGAACAAUGAUGUCUGCCGUGUGCCUCGCAGCAUGGUGGGCGCAGGGACGGUGAAUAGCGCGUAAAUUAGUUUGUAAUGGUUAAAGAUUUGCGCAGCAUUUACCGCACCCCCCUCUCCCUCGCACACCUGAAUUCGGCGUCAAGACAGAGUCAUGAAGACCGAGGGGGGGGGGCGGGGUUGAGCACCGUAGCUGACAAAGUUAAGCAGCCCGUGUACGCGUACCACACACGCUGAGUCCGCGGACUAUGGACCAGGUUUUCACGGAAAACCAGAGGGCGGCUCGGAUCUCAUCUGCGAGAAAAUGCCAUAAAGGCCACGCUAAGCAGGAGCCAUUGCAGCCGGAAUCUGUCUUUAGCGAAUCUAGUUAUACCGUUAGUUGUCAGGCUUUCAAGCCACGACUUUUACCACCACCACCACCACCACCACCACCACCACCACCACCACCACCACCACCACCACCACCACCACCACCACAUCAGUCACCUGCGAAUCCAUCUGAGCGAAACUAGAGGAUCAGCGCCUGGAGCGCCGGCAAGUUUCCAAUGCGCAAACUAGUAUGGCAGGAAUAAUUAUUCCCAAUAACUAUAUUUCUACAGAGUGUCUACUCUUUCGGUCUGUGUAGCUUAAUGUACGUUAGCGAUAAUCCCCUAGGUCUUGUCGUUAACAGCACCUUCCUCAUUGCCUGUCGGGCUGGCUUUUAGUCGGCCGACUUGAUUUCACGUCAUUCCUAGCGUUUUCGAUGAGCUGCAUAGUCCGCAGUCGGUCUUAUACUAGUCACUGCCAAGGUCGCUUCAAAGCCUCCUUUGUUCUUUCUUUGUUGCCAGCAGCCAAUUCACACUUAAUGACAUCGAGCUGUAGAGCGUGUUCCCUGUAGCCGACAACAUUGGGGCAAACGUGCGUUGUCUUCUGGAAACUGUUCCGUCCACUGCGUUGGCUCCGUACCCUAGACUCCUUCCUAAUCCAGCAAAUGAAACCUAGACCGCCGUUGUGAGCCCAUGCAUUUUUAACUUCGUCUUGCGCACCUGCGGAUUAUUUCGUAUCUAUUAAGCUGACCAUUUUUAGCAAAUGUGGUUUCAUUAAGUGGCUGAAAACAUCCAUCUAAAAGCCAGUAGCCCGGAGUUUAUGAAAUACGUUAGAAUUAUGCUGCAUGCCAAUCAAUAUUGUGAUUCCUGGGAAAUGUGAACCACGAGUUCGACUUAUCCAGCACGUCUAGUGUUUCUUCACCGUCAGUGAUUGGCGACAGAUCUGUCUUAAUUUUCAGCAACCUUUGGACAGCGUAAAGCAUCACCCAUUAUACCACAGGUGUUCUACGAGCAACUAAAAAUACUUUGCACGUCAUACUUGUAGGAAAAGUCAGUUGUUGGCUCGUGGUGAAUCUCUUCAUCAGUGAACAACCUGAUCCCAUGAUUUGAGAGAGUACAAUUAGCUACAUCGGACUGUCACACUUGACUGACUGCUUUUGACACAUUGCUUUUUAGGGCUCGCGAUGCUCUCUGCUCAUGUCUGCCAGAGCAGCUGACGGAUGGUACUUUCGCCAAUCUCCUAUCAUCCGACUUAGCCACCAAACGCUCCCUGAGUCAAUUUUUACGUCAGCUGUCUUUGCCGAGUUCAGCUACAACUACGGCGGCGGCCAGCAGCACGAUGGUCUCUCAGUCCGGAUCCUCUGCCAACUCGGGUACGGAACGUCCCAGCAGUCCAACGGGAACAGCAACCUCAACAUCUGGUGGCAAUGGAGCGUCCGCAAGCGCAGGGCCUGGAACAAGCUCAUCAUCAGGUGGUAACAACGUUGCUAUAACAACUGCCACCUCAGCCACCACUGCUGUCGUCUGCUCUUCCGCCACGACUGUUAGUGGUAACGCCAGCAAUCCCACCACGACCGUGACGAAUUCGGCCUCCGUCGCGCCUGCUACCGCCGCCGCCGUUGUUCCUGCUUCCUCGCCGUCUGCAUCAAGCUCGGCCAAAGGCGCUGGUGGCAGCGGGGAUAAGUAA